AUGUCUGGCUCGACCGAGGUAGAUAUCGCCCUCCAUCAGCUGCAGACGGAGCAAGGUCCUCUUCUUGAUAAGAUUGAUGAUCUUCGCGCCAUCGGAGUCGGCGGACUUGUCGGGUUGCCGCAGCUCAUUGUCUGUGGAAACCAAUCCAGCGGCAAAAGCUCUGUCCUUGAGGCCGUUUCUCGUGUGCGUUUUCCAAUGAAGAGUAGUGUCUGCACUCGAUUCCCGACAGAGGUUAUUCUGCGUCGCCAUCCAGCACCCCGGUUCAAGGUGUCCAUCGAACCUGGGUCAUCUCGAACGAGUAAAGGAGAGCGCCAGAUGAUUGAAGCAUUUGCACCGGCUGAGGUCACCAACAGUAGUCAGCUAGAGUCUCUGAUUGAGAAAGCCAAGGAAUGCAUGGGCAUCACUGGCGAUGGAUUCAGCGACGACAUUCUUAAAGUUGAAAUAUCGGGACCCGAUAAGCCAGAGUUGACACUCGUUGAUCUACCUGGUCUCUAUACAUCCCACAGCACAUCCCAGGAUGAGCAAGGGAUUGAGAUUGUUCAUGAUAUCACCAAACGCUACAUGGAAAACAAGCGCAGCAUCAUUCUGGCUGUAGUUUCGGCAAAGAAUGACUACCACAAUCAACGAGUUUUGAAUAUGGCGGAGGAAUUCGACGAGUCACGAGAGCGUACUAUCGGAAUCAUCACGCAGCCUGACAUACUUGAAGCUCAUUCCGAUGAAGAAGCGUCUUGGCUGCAGAUUCUCAAGAACGAGAAAGUUCCGUUAAAGCUCGGGUGGCACGCGUUACGAAAUAGGUCCUUUGAAACUCGAAACGCGUCGGACGACGAAAGAGAUAGGAAAGAGAAGGAAUUCUUUGCUCAAGGAAACUGGGGCUCUGUUCCGGCGGAUUGUAUGGGAAUUGACAAUUUUCGACGUCGACUAAGUUCUAUUCUAUUGAAACAUAUCCAGCGCAAUCUCCCAGGUCUCAUCGUUGAUAUCCAUGAAAAGGUCCUCGAUCGACAAUCCAGACUGAGUAAACUGGGACCGCCCCGAGGUACUCUCCAGCAACAGAAGGGAUUUCUGCUCAACAUUAGCAGCAACUUCGAGCGUAUCACCGCCCAAGCAUUAGAUGGCAUGUACACAGAUGACUUCUUCGGCGGAUUAGAUAACGAGACAGGGCCUCUCGAUCAAGAUCUUCGGCGUUUGCGUGCCGUUAUUCGUGAACUAAACGAAUAUUUCGCUGAUGCUAUGUACACUAUCGGGUGCAGCCAAUUAAUUGGGAAAUUUAAUCUUGAAAUGGUUUCUGAGAUUGGAAACCCCUACACGCAUAUCAGAACACCGGACCUCAGGCCCAGAUCCGAUAUUGAACAUGAAGUCAGCAUACAAGCGCGCCAAAAUCGAGGAAUUGAGCUUCCAGGAAGUGCCAAUCAACUUUUGGUGGGAAAGCUUUUUCGAGAGCAAUCCAAGCCGUGGGAAGAAAUUGCUCGAGAACAUUUGACCAAGUCUUGGGAUGCUGUUAGAGAUUUCAUCAGCCUUCUCUUGCAACAUCUCGCCAAUGACCACACCUACAACCUCUUACUGGGUAACAUUCUUGAUCCUGAGCUGGAGAAAAUGAAAGAUCAUCUACUGGCAAAGCUAGAUGAGCUUACCGCAUACAAUAAACGAGGACAUCCAUUGCCUCUAGGCAAAAGCUUUCUCACGAAAAUCCAGAAAGCCAGGAGUGAUCGCCAAAUCGAUAGGUUGGAACAGGCCUUGAAACUAGGAACUCAUUCCGAAGAUAAGUCCACUACUAUUGAGCGGCUUCGAGAAGUCAAUAGCCAGCUGGAAUCGACAAGCAACCUGUUUGCAGCAGCAGACAUUGUUGAUCAGAUGCAAGCAUAUUACGAUACCGCAAUCAUCACUUUCAUUGAUAAUGUCGCCACACUCGGAAUUGAAAAUUGUCUGCUUGGUCCUCUGGGUAGCAUUCUUACUAGCCAGACAGUCAACAACAUGGAAGACAAACAGGUUCAGGAGAUUGCCGCUGAGCCUUCGUAUAUUGUGGAUGAGAGAGAUCGCCUAACCCAGGAAUUGGAGAAGCUACAAGCUGGCUCACGCACAUUAAGCAAAUUCAAUAUUCGGAAGGUCACCCCAAGGUCCGCUGUUGUCAACUCAACUACUCGGACUGAGUCGUCCCGCAAAAUUAAAACUCCUCGGGCGGCAAGCUCAGUGUCGGUUUCUCAGCCUACUCACACUAGCUCGGGCCCCAACUUGUUUGCUCCAGGGCCGUUUGGAACUCCAUCCACCAGGGUGGCAAGCCCAGUGCCUACUUCCCAGUCUACUCAUAUUAGCUCGGGCCCCAACUUGGUUGCGCCAGGGCGGUUUGGAACUCUAUCCGCUGGGGCAGGGUCUACCAAGAACAAGAGUACCGGUACUAUGGGAAACUCUUUUGGUAACCAGAAAGGCUCACAACCCGUGUUUGGUGGCGGCCCAUUCAGCUCUAACUAUGGCUCUGGCUCUGGUUUCGGCUCCUUCUCUGGUUCAAGCUCUUUGUCUCAAGGAGGAGCCCCUUCCAGCUUUUUGUUCCAAGGAGAAGCCACAUCUAGUCCAUUUGGAUCACCCGCAUUUGGUUCGACUACAGCUCCCAGCACAGGUGCGGCUUCAUCUGGUAGUUCAAAUAAGCCCCCAAAUCAGCCAACCCCUUUAUUUACUUCGCCUUCCGGUAACUCUCAGUCUAAAGGUGAGAGCACCGUGCCAUUGGCUCAAUUGAGCAAUAGUUCCCGGCGGUAG